AUAGAUUGAGUUGUUGCAGAGUUAUUCAAAGAGAAGAAAUCUAAUUUUUUUUUUUUGGGGGGGGAAUAUUAAUAACAUUUGGUUUUUUUCCCUACAUUCUCAUGGAUAGUCGUGUCAUCCUCUGCGUACUGGAGCUAAUGAAGCUGCUUUAUGUCAGAGUGAAUCCUGCCUGUAUUGUCUUAGAUUUAUGAAUGUUUGUACAAUGCCUGGUUUUUCCUGGAGGAGGCUGUGAAGCAUCUGGUGAGGGCAGAUGAAGUGUGUAGGUUGUGUGAGGAGUGAGGUCAGAAUCUCCUGCUUUGGCUGCUCUGGAGUUCCAGUCCAAGAACUGCUGGACACAAACAGCUGCUGAGAUAUCUCAUUUUCCUGUUUCCCACAAAGGAAAAAACAGCAGCUGGGUCUAAAGUGCCUGAGCUGAUUUAAAUGAGUUUCUGGUUAUUUCUACACAUAACUUCAGUUUCAUUGACAGAGUGCAGAGUGAGGAGGAAGGAAGGACUCUCAGCUAUCCAUUUUAGUCAAAAAGACUAUUUCUUACCUUUUCUGUUAGUGCUUCUACUCUCAGUCCUCACCCUAGAAGAGGAAAGCAUAUCAAUGCCCUGAGGUGGCAUAUUAGAAAUGCCAUGGGCUGAGAACUUUGGGGACAGGGAGGUUGCUGGUUCUACAACAAACCUAUGCUUGAAUCUUCCUCAUCUUGUUUUAUGGUCAUGUGAGGCAAAAAAGAAGAGGUGCCGUACCCAGGGACCUCUCAGUGAUGAAGUUGCACUGCUUGCUGACAUCCACUACCUGUCUUCCUCCUCUGUGUAAAGGGAUGUGCAGUGGAGUUCUGGAUUUGGAAGGAUGAAUAUUUAAACAGCACUCCUCAAUCUUGCAUCAAAAUGUCCCUGUGCACAUCUUCUCACAAGGACUUUUCUCAGUUGCUGCCACUUCAGGAUAUUGGAUGCAAUAAAACAGAAAUUAAAAAUUCACCUGCUGGUGUCAUCUCUCCAGUUCCUUACAGCUGCAAUCAGUCCACGCUGGCAGCAGAACACAGUCCAGUCUACAUUCCCUCAUCUUACAUGGAAAACAGGCACGAAUAUUCUGCAAUGGCAUUCUGCAGCCCUGCUAUGGUGAAUUACAACAUUGCCAGCAAUUUUGGGGAUCCAGAGAGCAUGAGUGCGAGGCAAACCUCCAGCCCCAGUGCGCUGUGGUCUGCUCCUGGCCAUCUGUCCCCUCUGACUCUGCACUGCCAGUCCUCACUGCUGUAUGCAGAGCAGCCCAAGAGCCUGUGGUGCGAGGCACGACCGAUGGAGCCAGUGCUGCCCGGGAGCAGAGAAACAUUAAAAAGAAAAACUAAUGGCAAUGACUGUACAAGCCCAAUUGCAAAUAAUCCUGGCUCAAAAAAGGAUGCCCAUUUCUGUGCAGUCUGCAGUGACUAUGCUUCAGGAUACCACUAUGGGGUCUGGUCCUGUGAAGGCUGCAAAGCAUUUUUUAAAAGAAGCAUUCAAGGACACAACGAUUACAUCUGCCCAGCCACCAAUCAAUGCACAAUAGAUAAAAACCGGCGCAAGAGCUGCCAGGCGUGCCGGCUACGGAAAUGCUACGAAGUGGGGAUGAUGAAGUGUGGCUCAAGAAGAGAACGCUGCGGGUAUCGAAUCCUGCGGAGCCACCGCAACCCCGAGGAGCGGGUGCAUUGCCUGGGCAGAGCCAAGAAAUACAACGAGGCAGCGACGCGGGUGAAGGAGAUCCUGCUGGGCACCGUCAGCCCGGAGCAGUUCGUGCUGACCCUGCUGGAAGCGGAGCCGCCGCACGUGCUGGUCAGCCGGCCCAGCAAACCCUUCACCGAGGCCUCCAUGAUGAUGUCCCUGACAAAGCUGGCUGAUAAAGAGCUGGUGCACAUGAUCGGCUGGGCCAAGAAAAUUCCUGGCUUCAUUGAUCUCAGCCUCUAUGACCAAGUAAGACUCUUGGAGAGCUGCUGGAUGGAAGUUCUGAUGAUUGGUUUGAUGUGGAGAUCGAUAGACCACCCUGGGAAACUGAUUUUUGCACCAGACCUUGUUUUAGACAGGGAUGAGGGGAAAUGUGUAGAGGGAAUUUUGGAGAUCUUUGAUAUGCUCCUGGCCAUGACCUCGAGGUUCCGAGAGCUGAAACUGCAGCACAAGGAGUAUCUGUGUGUCAAGGCAAUGAUCCUCCUCAAUUCCAGCAUGUUCCCCUUGUCAGCAGAGGAACCUGAAAGCAACAGGAAACUGCACCACCUGCUCAACGUGGUCACAGAGGCUUUGGUGUGGGUUAUUGCCAAGAGUGGGAUCCCCUCCCAGCAGCAGACAACUCGCCUGGCCAAUUUGCUGAUGCUCCUCUCUCACGUCAGACACGCCAGUAACAAGGGAAUGGAGCAUCUCCUGAGCAUGAAGUGUAAGAAUGUGGUGCCAGUGUAUGACCUGCUGCUGGAGAUGUUGAAUGCUCACACUCUCCGAGGGCAAAGGAAGUCCCCGGCCACACACCCUGAGUUCGGCCCACUGGAGCAAAUGGAGCCUGGAGACAGCCUGAGGAAUGGGGCACCCCAGUAAUUGUGUCAAGACCUGGAAAUGUGAGGCUUUUUCAGAGCUAUGGGAGAAAACAGAACUGCUGUGAUGGGGCUGCAGAAGUGUGACCUAGUGUGAGUUCUCAUCCCUUCUGGAUUUGCACAUCAGUGUCUCGGGAGAGGCCGCGGGGCGCUCACCUCUGUCUGUAUUUCUGACAUUGCAACAGCUGCACUGCUAUAGUGCCUUUUCUGAGACUCUGCAAAAGCACCUUAUGAAAUCAAGCCUCAGAACAGCACUGUGGGACAGGGAAUCACUGCCUCUCCUUCUCAGAGGCAGAACUGAGAGGGAGAGGUAAGGGGACAGGUUUGAGAUGGCAGAAGAAGCUUGGAGAAAGCAUGUUGGUCUCUGUUUCCCAGAGCAAGACUUUUAAGCAUUGACUGAACAAUGUCCUCUUUCAGCAUGGGAUGGUGUGAAGUGUGGAACAGCAUCAUUUGGGACAGAUGUACCUCUGUGUGCUGCUCCCUGGGGAAUGCCUGCUCUGUAGCUGAUCUAGAUAAAGUGCCGAGAUACAGACAGUGUGAAGGAGCUUAUUCUCAAAUAUGCAAUGGCUGCAAGGGCCUUCAUUUGAAGGUCAUUUGAAAAAGCUUCUAGGAUCAGUUCAGAGCCUCUGCAGAAAGUUUAAAUUGAUCUUAAGUUUGUAUUUUCUGAGUCUGUUCUCAACACUCACAUUAUUAUCUGCUUAUAUUUCUUCAGUGCUUUAAGCAAUGAUGAAAUCGUCUGAAUAUUUCAGUCAAUGCUGACCUUUGAAAUGUGUUUUGUCUGUGAGAUUAUCAUGUUGUUUUAUAUAUUUAUUAAUGAUGUUAAAUCUAUUCUAAUAAUUAGGUACAAGAAGUUGCUCUGUGAAUAUUAACUGUUUGUAUUUGUAUAUGAUCUGCUGAUCAGGCCUUGUGAAACCAGCUAGAAAAAAAAAAUCUUCCCACCCCUUUGACUGGUGUGUGGAAUUACAUCCUGCCCACCCAAAACCUCUUGCAGGGGGUGAGGCACUGGAUGGGAACAUGGAUGGGGAUCUGUUUUUGUCUGCUGCCCUGAGGUUUGCUGCUUGCUUGUUCUCAGCAUGCAUGGCACCUUGUGCUGUGGUCUUCAUAUCUUUAUAGGAGCCCUCAAAGAGCGAGGAUGGGGAUAAUGGUAAAUGUAAAGAUAAUUUAAAGAUGGGGAUAAUGUAAAGCACUACUUUGCUUUGCAGGUGUGAUGACUUGUUUGAAUUACACUGAAGAUGUAGUGAUUUAAACUUCCUUUUUGUGCUGAUUUCUGCAUGUGUUUAAGCUGCACUGAGUAAAAAAGAAAACAAAAACCUGAUAAAAAGGCCUGGCUGAUGACCUCAGAGAUUAGCAGGGUGGCAUCAUUUAUUCUGGUAAAUGUCUCUUUACAUGGAAACAUUUAAAUAUAGCACAUGCAUGUUCUGGGCAUUAUGGUGAAAUAAAUUAGGGUCACACCAAAAGUCUAUUUUGAGCCAAGAAGUCUUUUGCAUUAGGGACUUUGAUUAGUAUGCCAUUUGCAUAUUUUGAAUAUUAGUCAAACUAUUAAUCUUGAUGGUUUUUUAAAGCCAAGGACAGUCUUUUUUAUAGGAGGUUUUCAGUGAGUUACACAUCUAUUGUCUGUUUUGAUCUUGUACUAUACCAGAUGCUGCUGCUGAUCUAAAUUUUUACUCUCUGCCUUUUUAUUGUUUUUAAGAAACUGUAAUAUAGCAGUGUCCUUCUAAAGAUGUGUAACAUUUACAAUGAAAAAAAGGAAAAAAAUGUGAGUACAGUCUGGAAUUUAUUAGUACUUUCAUUUUGAGAGAUGUUUUGCUGUGAAACAAACCUGUCUCAGUAUUUCUUGGGCUUGAUUGUUCUGGCCUCAUUGCCUGUUGUCUUGAUCUUUCUCUGAUUUUCCUUAUCCUGUGUAAUCUUUUGGUUUAAUACAGUUUUUUGAGGAAAUGUUUAAGUGAUUUGUUUGUUUGUUUGUUUUGCUUUAAAAGCACUGGAUUUAUGUACCAUCUUGGAACAAACCUUUUGAAAAGAAAAUGGGAAAGACUGGGUAUAAAUCAUGAAAUUACCUUCUAAAUGGAAAUUUGUUGUGGAUUGACUCUGUAAAAGGGAUGUGCUGCAGUUUUGUGCUGUGUGGUGGUGUUCAUAUAUGUUGCUAUUAGUACAGUGCAAAUGGGAAAAUGAUGUGAUUUUAACCUACUUUUUGUCUUGUUCAACAUAAUUUUAUUAAAAGUUACUAGUGGUGUUUUAAAAUGGGUGCAAGUCAACAGCUGUGGAGUCUGGAUUAAUGUAGCUGUGUUCAUGCUGGGAUGAGGAGAAGAUGCUCAUCUCCAGCAGCACGGGGAGGUGUGUGGCAGUGACUGAAUGAGGGUGCCUGGGUCUCCUGAGAGAGGUGUGGGGUUUGUCUCUGGUCUGGAUCCCCCAGACUGUCUCAGAUGCUGCAUUCCCCUGUGGACAUGGCUGUCCCUGCCAGCCUCGAGCAGAGCUGUCACACUGUGCUUCCAUUUGGAUAUCAGGGCUUUUCCAGUCU